AUCAACCGAAGCUCUUCGGCUGGUCCCCGAGCCCCGAGCCCACUGAAGUCCGGUACCGUCGACUGUCGAGGGCGGCGGACGAGAUUAAUGAAAGAUAUAUAUAUAUAGAUGUAGAUAUACAUAUCUACAGCUGUAUGUCAUUUUCUUUCUUCUAAAAGACACAUUUUCCAGAAUCCAUCACUCCUGAACUCCUCAGUCCGCCGAUUUUUAUUUUCCUCCUCCGGAUCCGAGGCUUGAGAAAGAGAAGGAGUAUUCACGAUGACAGUAAUCAGCGCUGCAGUGCUCAGCGCCGUGUUCUGCACCGUUGCUUCAGCAACGUUGACAGUCAUAGCCGAGCGCAGGACGGCGUUCUUCGGGGAGGACGUCCACAUCGAUGUCCCGCCCGGGGACGUUGGAGAGGUUGUGUUUAAGUCCAGCGCCAAUCACUCGGCCGAGGUGGUUCUGAUGCGCGGCGGCCAGGGGCUGAACAGACGGGACCUCAACUCUCUGGGCCACCUGGUGCUGAAGGACGUUCGGGAGAAGGACGAGGGCCUGUACGUCAUCAGGGACAGCGACCACCCCGACAUCGUCCAUGAGCUCAGCCUCACCGUCAGGGACUGCGCCGUGGAGCAAGUGGUGAAGUACGGAGAAACCUUCAUCAUCCACCUGAACCACGUCGACGGCCCCGUCACCCUGGAGUUCAGGCCGAGUCUGCCUCAGCUCAACCAAACGGAGACGCAGCGAAGCACAGAGCCGCCGUCCGUGGUGCUGUACAACCAGACGGCGGUGGCGGUGGACGAGUACGUGGGGCGCCUCAGCGUGUCGGAGAAACGGGUGACGCUGCACUCGGUCAGGAUGACGGACGAGGGGAGCUUCACGGUGCUCGACCGCGACGGCAAAGUCCGGAGGAGGAACUGCCUGAACGUCCGAGAGCACCAGACCUUCCUGCGCCUCCCGUACGGAGGAAACCUGAAGAUGCAGCUCUACCUGCACCACUCCGACGUCAGCGUCGUCUACAGGCCCAAGUCGGACAACCAGGACCGGCUCGUCCUGGACCGGGGGGUUCUGGUGACGCCGCCGGACCCGCUGCUGGAGGGCAGGCUGACCGCGGUGGGGUCGGAGCUCAUCGUGGACAGGGUCGUCGUGGCCGACGCGGGCGUCUUCAAAGUGACAGACCUGGCGGGGUUGACUGUGGCUCACGUCUACGUGGAGGUACAGGCCAAUAAGCUGCCUCCCCUGACCGUGGCCGUCCUCGCCAUGCUGGGCCUGAUCGCCUCCAUGCUGCUCGCCUGCCUGCUGUCCUGCCUCUACAACGUGCACCGGAGGAACGAGAAGAACAAAAAGCUGAUGCUGAUCGCUCAGCAGGCGGGCAAGGGGGCCGACGGCGACGCUUUCAGACAGGUGGUCCAUGACGCGUACACCCGGUUCACUGAGGAAUCUCUGAUGCAGUCUGUGUGUGACAACCCCUCGGAGAGCACAGAGGUCACCAUCAAGGGCCUUGAGGUGUCCAAACCGGGCCGCUACCAGGCUCUUACCUCAGAAAACUUCCUGGAGAUGAGCGACUCCGGAGUGGAGUUCACCACCUCCGGUCUCCCGCUGGACAGCGACACCGAUGGUGGGAUGACCUACGCCUCCAACAAACCCCUCCUGAACGCCGUCUCCCCCACAGCCGUGACCAGAGGAGUUGACCCCUACAGCCCCGAGGCCACCGUUGUCCCCGACGGCGACCUCAGUGCCAGUCGGACCCCCGACUCCGCCAUGAGCGCCAGCCCGGCCUCCAAUCCUCGCUCACUUGCGUCCGCGGCGCCCGACGGCAGCCCGCGUGGUCCCGCGUCGCCGGGAGCGGCCUCCCGGGUCACCGCCGGGUCCGACUCAGCCGAGACAGACGGCGCUGAGAGUGGAGAAGCUGUGCAGCAAGAGGAAUCGGCUCCGAGCACCUGAGAGAGAGGGGAUACGCCUGGGUGACGUUUCGUUUUCUUUAGCUCAUGUCUCCUCAUACAGUUACGACACACAGUUCUGGCUUUGUGUUUCUUAAGAAACCUCCUCAUAUCCAAACACACCAACACAACUCCCUGAUCUUCUGCAUCGCAAGUAACGUCACAGACGCAUUACUCGUGCUUGGAGCUGGAUAUCAGCGCAGCUCAGGAACAAAAAAAUCAUAAAAACACAGUCACACAAAAUGCACAGUGGACAAUUGAAUGCACUACGCACCGAACAAUUAGAUGCAGAAUGGUAAAAACUGAGCUCUAUCAAAAAAAAAGAAGAGAGCAAUUCUGUGCGUAUGGAAAAACUUAAAAUGCAUGCAUUUAAAUGAAACAUUAGAGCAGAUAUCAUAGUUCAGAUCUGCAGGAAGAGUAGAGUAGAGUAGACUGACUGCAUGCGAGCUGGGACGAGCUGAAGAAGCACCGGCUCACACAGAAGUCACCUUGACGUGAAAAAGGGCAAAACAAAGGAUCAUGAGCUCCCGUCGAAAGGUUGUCACGAAAGAAAAAGAAAAGACAGGAGCUUGACAGUUUGACAGUUUCAGAGUCGGUUCGCUCCAAAGUAUCAGACAUUACUUUUCCUAAGACCAAGGCUGCGAACAACAACAGCAAAGACAGUCUCCCCAGUUUGAGACAGCACACACACACAGACACACACACACACACACACACGCACACACACACACACGCACGCACGCACGCACGCACACACAC